AGUAUAUAAAUGAUAUAUAUGCGACUCUUACCAAUUUGAAACACAAAAAUACAUUUAGACACAGAAACAAAGAGUGAAAGAGAGAAUGGAUUUCAGUGAGUUAAGAAAAGCGAUUGAGGAAGUAGAGCUUGUGGAUGGUCAUGCCCACAACUUAGUUGCACUUGACUCCAACUUUAGUUUUAUCCAUGCCUUUUCUCUAGCACAUGGUGAUGCUGUUGCUUCAACACAACACUCUCUACCCUUCAAGAGAAAUAUAAGAGAUAUAGCUGAGUUGUAUGGAUGCAAGUCAAGUUUGGAAGCUGUUGAAGAAUACAGAAGAGUCUCUGGAUUAGAAUCUAUUAGCUCAACAUGCUUCAAAGCUGCAAGAAUCUCUACAGUAAUCUUUGAUGAUGGAAUUGUUUUGGACAAAAUAAUUGAUACUGAAUGGCAUAAGACUUUUACUCCUCAUGUUGCUACACUAGUAAGAGUUGAACGCCUAGCUGAAAAGAUCCUUAAUGAAGGAUUGCCAGAUGGAUCUCCUUGGACACUAGAUUCAUUCACCAAUGCAUUUCUCUCCAAGUUGGAAUCAGUUUCUGGUGAGGUAGUUGGUUUGAAAAGCAUAGCAGCAUACUACUUUGGCUUAGACAUCAAUACAAAUGUGACUAAACAGGAAGCUGAGGAAGCUCUGCAGCAGGUGUUAGCUGUUUGGAAGCCUGUCUUGGUGGCAAACAAAAAUCUUGUUGACUACAUCUUCUUGCUGAGUUUGGAAUUUGCUCAAUCCCAUGACUUGCCAAUGCAGAUACAUACAGGCUUUGGAGAUAGAGGUUUGAAUCUGAGACUGUCCAAUCCUCUUUAUCUCCACAAUGUUCUUGAGGACAAGAGAUUUGCAAAGUGCAGGAUUGUUCUUUUACAUACAUCAUAUCCAUUCUCAAAGGAAGCAUCAUAUUUGGCUUCUCUCUACUCCCAGGUUUACCUUGAUUUUGGUUUGGCUAUUCCAAAGCUUAGUGUGCAUGGAAUGAUUUCUGCAGUGAAAGAUCUUUUAGAGCAAGCUCCAUUAAAUAAGGUGAUGUUCAGUACCGAUGCCUAUGCCUUUCCGGAACUCUUCUACUUAGGUGCAAAGAAUGCUCGCGAAGUUGUUUUCACCGUUCUGCGUGAUUCAUGCAUUGAUGGCGAUAUCACUGUUUCGGAGGCUGUGGAAGUUGCAAAAGAUCUCUUUGCGCGAAAUUCAAUCAACUUCUAUAAGAUUGCAAACUAACAUUUCUGUUAAUUCACAUAAUGGCUAUGCUAAGACUUCAUAUUAUUAUUAUUAGGAGUCAAGUUUGUUAUCAGGUUAUCUAGCUCUGCUCAAAUGUUGGUUUCAGUUUCGGUUACUGUUAAAGGCUAUAAGCCAAUGUUGUUUUUCAA